AGGCCCCGCCCCUUCCUGUUUCACCUGCCCGGCAGGUAGGCGUCCCAGGCGGAAGAGAAGAGGGUUUGCGGAAUGGGGGGCGAGCCGUGCCCAGCCUCGACCCCCCCUCUGUCGGGGAUGCACCUUUUCUUUCUCGCAGCAGCCAUGGCUGGAGCCCACUCCCUAGAGAUCCAGGCUGACCCCAGGGUCCAGGCCUUUGUGGGGGAGCCUGUGACCCUCAAGUGCUGGUUUAAGUCCUUUGCCCCUCUCACCGAGAAGCUGACCGUCGACUGGACUUACCGGCCACGGGCGGGGGGCAGCCUGGAGCCGGUCUUCCACUACCAGUCCCAGGCCUUCCCAGCGCAGGGGGGCACCUUCCGGGGUCGUGUCCUCUGGGCCGGAGACAUCAGCAAGAGUGAUGCAUCCAUCCGUAUCAUCAACCCUUCACUGGACGACAACGGGACUUUCACUUGCACCGUCAGGAACCCUCCGGACGUGCAGCACAACAUCCCCCAGACCCUGUUGACCGUCACUCACAGAGGCGCCUCUUUCCAACUGACCUCGGCCGGACUGCUCUCCCUCCUGGUGUUCCUCCCUUCGGCGGUGGUGGUGGCCCUACUGCUGGUCCGGAUGGGCAAGAAGUCCGGGCUUCUGAAAGCCAAGAAAAGGAAGUUUGGCUACAAGAAGUCCUCCAUCGAAGUCUCCGAUGACCCAGAGCCUCCUGGAUGCCGGGAAAAGCUGGUCAGAUGCUGCCUGCGGUGCCUGGACACGGAUGAUGAGGAUCCCUACUGACCGGAUGGGGAGAAGCCUUCCUUUUGGGGGUUCACCAGAGGCCUGCCUUGGUGCGCACUGCUGCUGCGCCGCCUCUGGCUGUCGUGUCUCUCAUUGUUUGGACUGUGACUGGGACUUGCUGCUGACCCCAACUACCUCUUCCACCCAUUGUGAAUCCCCUCCCCUUUACGACAUAGGGUCCUCACUGGCUCUUUUGGGGGGGGGCACCUCUUGUGUUCCUUCAGUCCCUUGGAGCGGUCAGUGGCUCCUAGUGGCCCUGCUGGAGGCCCCAUUCGGUAUAGAGACAAUACAUAGUGUGCGAAGGGCAGUGGGCCCAGGCUCUGUCUCAGGAGCUCCUAAUAAACCUCUUUCUCUA